UCCUGUUUACUGCCUGCUGUACUCGCAGCCUGGAUUGCAACACAGCUGUCUACUGUCGGGGCUCUCCGCCUCUUCCAACACACACUCCCGUGUAAGGUGGUGCAGCGUCGGGACUAAAGCCUAUGCAUUAUUUUGAAUCCUUCACUGCCGUGGCCGUGGCCACCAAUGCGACAUGAAGACGUGACAUUGAGAAAACGUGAGCAGGCCGGGAAAGAUCCUGGAGCUUUCCUGACCACAGCUGACUGGAGGUCGGUGAGCUGGUGUCAGGAGGAAAGCCGAACUCCGCAUUCCCACAGUAGUGAUGUGGUGGAGGACUAAAAUAGUCUGAAACUGUGUCGGGUUAACCCUUGAAGGUUCUGGGUCAGUGGAUACGAACAACGCCGCGGUGGAACGCUGGAGUAGUGUGUUUGCUCGCCGUGCUAACUCAGUAGUAGCAGCAGCAGCAGCAGCCGCCGCCGCGGUGUGAGAGGCUGGCUGUGCGAGCUGGCUAACGGCUUCUGUGUGGAGAGUGCUGCAGCUCGCCGGUGCCCUGAAUUCAGGAAGAGCCCCCGGCUCCGGCCCCCUCAAGCGGGCAGUCAGGAAGAAGCUGCCUGGGAAGGGAUGGCCUGGUCGGUCUUCCCGAUCCACAGGUCAAGGCUCUGCGGUGUUUGAAGGAGGUCGAGUUCGGCUAGAGGCCACCGCGGGUCGAGGCGCUAUGAUGGCCUCAUCCUCUUGCUCCCCGGCCAGUGGAUUCACUGGGCCGGGGCUGUCGGUCAGAAGGAGCGAGGAAAUAGCGGAUUUGAUAGAUUUGUUUUCCAAGAUGCAGUACAGAGCAAAGGAAGUCACUCCCCAGGUGGAGGUGAUUGAGAAGCGUUGUCUGGAGUUGUUUGCUAGAGAUUACAAGUACAGUGUCAUCCAUAACGCCAAUGGAGAAGUGUGUGGCCAUUACCCACGGCAGAUUGUUUUCCUGGAGUAUGAAUGUGCAGACACUGAGAGUGACAGUUUGGAAUGUAAAGCCAUGGGUCAGGCUUGCGUUUUGACUGAGAACAGUACCUUUUCCUGGUUUGAGAGCACAGUACAGAUCAGUAAGCUGCAAGACCUUGUGAACCGGAGUAAGGUGGCUCGCUGCAGAGGGCGGUUUGUCUGCCCCGUCAUCCUCUACAACGGCAAGCAUAUUUGCCGGUCGUCCACUCUGGCGGGCUGGGGGGAACUGUACGGACGCACGGGUUACAACUACAUCUUUUCAGGGGGCAAUGAUGACACAGAAUCAGAGGAGGUUCUAGAGGAUGAAAAUGCUGUCAGGAAUGGGGACUCGCAGCUCUUUGACAAGGUUCGAGGCCACGACAUUAAGCUGCUGCGUUACCUCUCGGUUCGCUACAUCUGCGACCUGAUGGUGGAGAACAAGAAGGUUAAGUUUGGCCUAAAUGUGACAUCCUCUGAGAAGGCAGACAAGGCCCAACGCUAUGCAGACUUCACCUUGCUCUCUGUGCCUUAUCCAGGGUGUGAGUUUUUUAAGGACUACAAAGACAGAGACUACACAGCCGAAGGUCUGGUGUUCAACUGGAAUCAGGAUUAUGUGGACGCUCCCUUGACAAUCCCUGUGUGCUUUACUCAGAACUUGAAUAUUGACUGGGCCCAAUACCAGUCAUGGGACCUGGUGGAGCAGACCCAAAACUACCUGAAGCUGCUACUCCACAUCAUCAACAGUGAUGAUGAGAGUGGCCUCCUGGUGCACUGCAUAUCAGGCUGGGACCGGACUCCUCUGUUCGUUUCCCUCCUCAGGCUCUCCCUGUGGGCAGAUGGUGCGGUGCAUGCCAGCCUGGAGCCAGCUGAGAUUCUGUAUCUGACCAUCGCAUACGACUGGUUCCUCUUCGGUCACAUGCUGCCAGAUCGACUCUCCAAAGGGGAGGAGAUUUUCUUCUUUUGCUUCAAUUUUUUGAAGCACAUUGUCUCAGAGAAGUUCUCUGCUGUUAGGAAACAGAGAAGGAAGAAUUCCCACUUCAAAGACAGUGAUUUAACUGUGGAAGAUCUCUGCCAGUUAAAGUCGAGGGAUCGUGGCAGUGUGACGAGUCUGAGCAGCGAGUUUUCCCUCAUUACUGAGGAGGUGGGUGGAAGCCUCAACAACGACUCUGUGGACCUGUUCUCCAGCCAGUCCCAGGCCUCCAGCUGGAGAAAAGGCAUCACCUCCUCCCCUCAGAUGGUUGUUUGGAAUAAGAACCCUCUGGACGAACACCUCUCCCAUCCACUAAAUGAGGCCAGGUCUUCUGGCUCCUCCUCCUCCAACCAAUCAGACCCCGCUGUCACACGCACUGGCAGCAGCCCGUUGGCUGUUCCUGGCAGGAGGUUAGCAGCGGAGUACCCCAGGUCAGGUUCCUCCCUUUCCACAGAGUAUGGCAGUUGGCAGAUAGUUUCUGGUUGUGGGAGCAUCCAUGACCACGCUCACUUCCCACCACAACUGGCCUCGGCCUCCUCCAACUUAUCAGCUGUUGCUGCUGCCUAUGACUCCCCUCUGCCCUUCAGCUUUAGGGACGAAGGACCCAGUGGGAGAAUGUGUCCCUUCCCCUCGGAGCGUCAGGCCCGUUUGGAGGCAGUGCGGGAAGUCUUUCUGGCAGCCUACAGCUCCACUGUGGGCCUUAAGUCGUCAGCACCGAGUCCCUCCGGCGCCAUCUCUGGUCUGCUGGAGCAGUUCGCCCGUGGGGUCGGCCUCCGAGGCACUAACGCCAUCGUCUGAACCCUCUCAAUGUGACUUCAGACCCCGCCCUCCUGCUUCCAUCCAUCCACAUCGAUUCAGCAUGUCUGGACUUCAGUACAAUAAAGUGCCAAAUAGCUCUGUCCAAUUCAGGGGUGAAAGCAUUUUAUUUUUUUAAAUCUUUUCGGAUUUUUCCAUGUUCUGGAUUUUAUAUUUUUCUCUGCUACUCCAGCGUUCCUCUGGAUUUUUAUUUUUCCAUGUUGAUAUCACCUGUCACAUUCAGGGAGAGAAAUGUUUUCAGCCACAGUAUCAAGAAGGGAUUGUGCAAGGGCUUUCUGGCUGUUGAAAAGUAAAUGGCUGAAAACACAGGGUCUGUACCCUUUACUGGCAGAAUAUAUAAAGGAUUCCUUCUUA